AUGUCCUCUCCUCUUGAAAAUUCUCCAAUGCCUCUCAAGUCUCCCCGAGAUAACUUGGGAUCUUCAAACAUGGAAUCGGCUUACAGAACACAGCAAGAUUUGAUGGCCAAAAAAGCAAGAGAAAAUGGAAUUCCAACGUCUGAAAUUACAGAACAAUUUCAGACAACACUAAGCCAAAUUUAUCUGCAAAAUCCGCAGUGUACUGAGGCUUGGGCAUUAGGAAAAGCAGAAUAUCACAUUUGGACUCAGUUCUUUCCAAACGACCCAUGGCCAGGUACCCUCCCCAAGACAACAAAUUUAUCCUUCAGUAAUGAGACAAUGAGCUCUGAGUCCGGCGAGAUUCUGAGUUCGCCGGAGAAGAGCUCGUUGAGUUUCCCAAGCAGACCGAAGCCUAGCUUGUCAAUCAAGAUCGAAGAUUUGCUUCUUAAUGCAGCUGGCAAUUCAAAUGUUCUGGCGUUAUACCGAGAGGCAUUGGUAAACAUGAAGGAGAGAUAUCCACGCGAAAGCUUGGAGUGGCAACAGUGGAUGGCAGGAAGUAAAGUUUGGGUGUCUAAUUUUCGUCAAAAGGGUACCUUUCCCUGCAAUGAGCCACCUAGGUCGUACAUUCUCCGAUCUUCAGAUACCAAUCGCCUCGAAACUGUACGUUCUCGCCGUAGUGGCGAGGAUAAGUCCAGAAGCGGACGAUUUGGUAGUAAAUGGCAAGCUGAAGAGGCGACUAGUCGGCGUAGAUCUAGGUCGCCUCCGAUUGAAAAUGUGGGAAGAGACAGAUAUCGACAAAAUAGGUCCGAAGGAACCACAAGACAAGGUAGGACAGUCAAAUCUGAAGAGUCGCCACGAGAUUUAAAAGCAAUGAGUGUCGGAGAAACAAAAAAAGACAAUGGGAAUGUAACGAAGGCCAGAGUGGAUGAUCUAUUGACUUACGGACCAAAAGAGAAUGAAAUGCAAAAGAAAGCAUACAGUAUGGGUGGUGUUGAGUUUCGACAUGUUUUCUUUCGUGCUCUACAAACUAGUAGAGAUUUUGUAAGAGCGCGUCAUCCUAACUGCGACCGUUCUCAAAGACAUUGGCUUGCCGAUCGAAUGGCAUGGGAGACUGUUUUCAAGAAUGAACCAUUCCCCUGGUUGAACGACAAACCACCAGGAGUUCCUUCAUCAGCCAAUUUACCACCAAUUCACAAAAUAUCGAGGGAGAUUAUUGGCAAUUACUCCAUGGCUUCUCCACCGGCUCAAAUAGUUUCCAGUGGUGCCAGUACCGGUCAUCGUUCGGUAUAUAGUAUGACAGGUAGCAAAUCGACACAAUCGAGGCCUUCCUCUGCUUAUAACGCAAACGCAUCUGUCGGAACAGCUGUAUCUGGCGGUACCACUCUUUUUGGAUCAAGUCCUGAGAUGCCGAGAAAGCUCUCAACGGCACUACUAAACAAAGGAGUGAUGAACACUAUUGGUGAGGAGUCCUCGGAAAAUAAUGGAACAAAUCUUGCCGAGGGCAAGAGAGAAGUGACUAUCAGAAAGAACACACUUUUCCGUGCUCUUCUAGGAGACUGGGAUGAUUCGUUCAAAUCCGUCCAGAGAGGUCUUGGAGUUACAAUAGAAUAUCAUGAAGAUGCAUCUGGACACUUCAAGCUCACUAUCGAAUCAUAUCAGCCUGGAGAUGAUGUAGCGCUCGAAAGAGCGUACAAGUUUCUUGAGAUCUGGAAGAGAUUGAUAUACUCUGAUCAGUUAAUCAAACUUGAACAUUUCUGGGCCCAGUAUAAAAAUCAUGACAAGACAACUGCAGUCAACCGCAAGCCUAUGAUACAUGUUAAUGGCAAGAUGAUCCUUUGUCAAGGAAAAUUCGGUGAUCUCUGUGAUUUCUUCUCACAGGAGAUUCAGAGAUAUCAAUCCAAAAUGGCUGUAUAUGCUGAUACUGAAAAUGCACUUGCCUGCAGUACCCUAUUUGAGGUCAGGCCAUACGACAUUUACCUCAGCAGUUACCCACUUCCGAUACUGCUUGAUGUUGAUACCAAGGCGAGAAAAAAGAUGCUUGAUGACCACGAUGCCUUCCUGGAAGAGUGGGUACGAAGCUCUUUCCAGAAUCGGAUAAGCUUAUCGGACAUGAGCCACGAAUAUGCAAGGAGGAGCGACCAAAAGCGUAUGGAACUAGAUAUGGAUUUGGAUGAGCUUCUUAAAGAAGGAGCAAAGGCGGCAAAUCAGAUGUCAUGA